AGCAAAACCAAAAGUUUUCAUCCCAAAACACAAACAUCACAGAAACUGUUGAACAAACCUUGACACUCAUUUAUAUUGAUUCACACAAGAGUGCAAGAGAGAGAACUUUUCAACAGAAUCAAUCUUUACUGAAACACUUUCACCCCAGUGAAGAAAGCUAGCAUCUUUGAGUUAUCUAUCAUAAUGGUUAAGCCAGAGAUGAAGAUCAACACAGAAUCAUCGAAGGCAUUUUCCUCUUCAUCAGCAGCAGCAUCAAGUGAGAAGAAGAAGAAGUUCAAGGGAGUGAGAAUGAGAAGCUGGGGCUCAUGGGUUUCAGAGAUUAGAGCACCAAACCAGAAAACUAGAAUAUGGUUGGGAUCUUAUUCAACUGCUGAAGCCGCAGCAAGAGCCUAUGAUGCUGCACUACUUUGCCUUAAAGGUUCCUCAGCCAAUCUCAACUUCCCUUCAAGCUCCUCCUCACACUACAUUCCUCAAGACACUGUCAUGUCCCCAAAAUCAAUCCAAAGAGUGGCUGCAGCAGCUGCUGCUGCUGCUACCACCACCCCAUUUUCUCCAUCUCCACCACCUUCUCCUCCUUCUCCUCCUCUUGCUUCAACCUCUUCCUCCUCAUUGGUCUCAUCCCCAUCAAUCUCAUCAUCAUCUCCCUCAGACCAAAUUGACGAUGAUGUCUCACUUCUGUCACCAUUUGGGGCUUACACUCCUCCUCCACCUUCACUUAACUGUGAUCAAGCACAUGAAUCAAUGGCCAUGAUGGAAUAUUGGUAUGACUUGGAGGCCUUACAAUCACCAAAGUAUGCUGAUCAAAUGCUAAGUGGGGCAUUCUUUGACAUUGAUUCAACACACUUGUUUGAUGAUCUCUAUGAAGAAACUGACAUUCGUUUGUGGAGUUUCUGCUGAGAGAUUUUUCAAUACUUUUUUUUUUUUGGAUUACAGAUUCAUAUUCGUUUGUCAGGUGUUGUUAUAUGAAGAUAUCAAUCUCUGACUGUGACCAAAUUAAAACUACAUAUUCUAGGGAAGAAAUUCGUGAUGGGAUAAGACGAUUUUUGGUCUCCCAUUUCUGGAUUUCUACACAUAUAUGUAUUAUUGAUGCAAUAUUUGUUAUGUCGAAUUUGAUAAUAGUUUUCUGCGUGUGAUUAUGUGGUU